AUGGGUCGCACAGAGCCUACAGUUGUAACCGCUCCUAAUGCUUUCAGGCGGGAAGCACGCGCGAAGCACGCGCGAUCGACUAUGAAUCUUACUCUGCCGGCACUCCUGAAAGCAAACCCUCGAGCCCGACGCGGUGUCGACGCCGCUGAGCUUAUCGUCGAACCCCCACCCACAGGCCCUUCUCACCUUGACGCGUCCAAGCCUGACGCGAAGUCGAAGCCCAAAUCCAAACCGAGAGGUAAAGGCAAAGUUCGGACUCGCGACGAGGACAGCGACGACCAUGCUGGAGUCAAGAUUGGGGCGAACAAGGUCACUGCGGCACAGCUGCCAGAGAAACCGCCAAUACAGCUCCAUCUGCAGGUUGCCGACACGUUGGAGGCUGCCGCGCGACUGAGCUCGACAGGAAGCAACAAACAGGCGAAGGUGGCGGUUCUCAACAUGGCCUCCCCUCUGCGUCCCGGCGGCGGCGUGCUCAACGGAGCUACAUCACAGGAAGAGUGGCUCUGCCUCCGUACGACUCUCUACCCUUCACUUCGCGACGAAUUCUACCGCCUCCCCGAAGUCGGCGCCAUAUAUACCCCAGACGUGCUGGUAUUCCGAAGAUCGGAUGAUGAGGCGACAGACUUGGACAAGAAGGAUCGCUUUUUCAUCGACGUGGUCUCGGCUGGAAUGUUGAGAUUCCCAGACGUGGAGGGCGAAGAGGGUGAAGAGAAGAAAUACAACAAUGGCAAAGACAGGGACUUGGUGAUGCAAAAGAUGAGGGCGGUUAUGCGGAUACUCAGAAUGAAGGGUGCGGAUAAGGUAGUGCUCGGUGCCUGGGGCUGCGGAGCUUACGGCAACCCAGUUGGCGAAGUUGCUCGGGCAUGGAAGAAGGUCCUUCUUGGCACAGAGAGCAAGAAGAAAGCAAAGAGUGGCAGCAACAAUUCGACUGGCGGAGAAGGAUGGGACGGUCUCGAGGUUGUGUUUGCCAUCAAGGAUGGACGAAUGGCAAGACAGUUUGCCGGCUUCUUCGGGCCCGGCUUGAGCUAUGAGGAACCUCUCGAAGAUGCCCGACAGGACAGCAUCGUCGAGGACGAUGGAACGCGUGCUGCCAUUGAAGAAAUGUCAGCGAAGAUUGUUGAAUUGGAGACACAAAUGACCCAGGCACGGAUACCAGACCUGAAAACACGGCUUGGGACUGUACUAGAAGGAUUGAAAAGAGAGCUCGCAACUCUUACAGGCCCACUGUGCGCAAAUGAGCAUGCAUCUGGGUCUGGUAGUAUCCAAGAAGAGAGUGAAGUGGAUGACAACCUCCAGGAACCUCUCGACGAGCAGUGUCAAGUUCCUGACAACGAACACAAUCAUCAAGAGGAAAGCGAUACGGACGAAAACUGA